UGAGGUUUAAAUCAGUAUAGUUUGUUUUCCAGUAACCUAUUACACUCUCAAAUUUAUAACAUAAAUCACCAUUGUGGUGAGUAUAAAUGAGAUGUCAAGCUCCAAUAGCAAACGUAGAAAAGUGACUGUUGACAUCAAGCAAACGAAACUCGAAAGAGGUAGCGUGUUUGAACGACUUGGCAACCAAGAAAAACAUAAAAAAUGGAAAGAUUCCUCUGAAGGAAAAGUGAAAACAAAGAAGACAGCAUCUAAAGAACAAAGUCCAUCACCGGAACGCAAGAAAAAAUCAAAAUCCAGCUCAAAGUCAGAAGAUGUGCCAACGAAAAAGUCUUCCAAAGAGUAUACAUCUGGUAGCAGUAAAAGUAAACAUGCACACAAUGAAGUUAAAGAACAGAGAAAGUCCCAUAAACAUGUUGAUAACGCUGAAGCAAAUCGCUCGGGAGCAGAAAGAACCCAUUCCAAACAUAAAUCAGAUCGCGGAGAUGGCAAAGUGCAUAAAAUUGUAGAAAAUUUAAUAAUUGAAAAGCGAGUCUCCCCUUCAACUUCACAAGAUAGGUCGAGAAGUGGAUCGUUUGAUUCGGUUUCACCGAGGAAGAAAUCAAAAAAACGAUCAGCAAAACAUUCAUCUCAAGAAGAAAGUACGGAGCGAUACGACCGACAACAAAGCUUUUCUCCUGAACCCGUUUCAAGCUCGCAUCGACAAAAAGAGAGAGGAAGAAGUAGAGAGAAAAAGAAAGCUUCAAAGGAGGUAUCUCGUAAAAAUAAAACUGAAGAUUUAAGUGAGGAAUACUUCGAACCGAAACCAAGCUCAAAAUCUGUAUCAAAAGUGAAAAAAUUGUCAAAACAAGAUAAAUAUGAGAAGGAAUACAGUAAAUACGACGAGGAUAUUAUACCAGAAAAGAAACAUAAAACUAAGCAUUCUAAGGAAAUUGUCGUUGAAAAGGAAAGAAGUCGAAAACAAACUCCUGUGUUGUAUGAAGAAUCGUCUGAUGAUCAUUACAGAAAAAAAGAUGUCAAAUCAGACGAUCGCGGAAAAGCAAAAAGACGUAAACACGAGCCUGAAUCACCUUCAAAAAGUCCUGUGAGACACAAGAAAGCAAAACGACAACCUAGCUUUGAACGUGAAAUUAAAGAAACUGUUAAAGAGCGAAGUUCCAAGGCUUCUGCAUCACCAACGAAAAUCCUGAGUAGCAAAAAGCGUCAUAGAGAGGAAGAAGUGGUCUCAAAAAAACGAGUGCAAAAAGAAGACUCACUGCAAGGGACUUACUCUGAUUAUUCAUCAGCAAGCAAACAUUCUCAGCCAGAGUAUUCGGAAAUUUCUCAAACCAGUGGCGGUAAUGAAGAGCUAUAUAGUAGCGAUUCUUAUGCUGAAAAAGAAACUAAAAAACGCUCAAAAAUGAAGAAAAAAGUCAGAAAAGAGCUGGAAAAAUCACCAAGUAAAGUGAGAUAUGAGGUCAUAGAUGACGAUGGCUUUAGUGACGACGUAAAAAAGGUAAAAAAGCGCAAACGAAAGCGAGAAGAACCAGAUUCUCCGUUAUCGGAAUCUCCUGUCAAAGAAGAACGUCGUUAUCAUGGUAAAGAGAGACGAAGAGAAGAAAAGGUUGUUAUCACAAAAAAAGUUGAACAACCUAGAUCACCACGAGAAGAUAGUCGUCGCUCGGAUAAACAUUUGCUCGAUCGCUCGGAAAAACAUUCGCUCGGUCGCUCGGAAAAACAUUCUCAAGAUAGUAGAGAUUUAUAUGAACACAGAAACACUCAACAUGAAAGAAAUGAUUCUUCCUCCCGCGUAACCGCUAGCCGUAGUGGAAAAACAAACUUGAGGAGCCCAGUUGAGAAAUACUAUGACCCAAGAAAAGACGAGCGUGAUCGAAGAAAGGACCCGUAUACCGAUAUAAAGCGUUCUUCAAGAGACGACAUAUUUUCACCAGACCGUAGAGAAACAAAUUAUGUAAAACAAAAAUUAGAUGCAAGACAUUUAUCAGCUGAACGUAGCUCUGAGAUCAAAGUUGCUGAAUGGCAAAGAAAGAGUUCAAAGCAUAUUUCAAAUGAGAGGAAGGGUUCUAUACCGAAACUUAUGCAGAAUACACGCUUGCCAGAACCACGAUUUGCGCAUCAACGAAAACUUCUUGAACCCGAGUACAUAUUCCAACAACAUCCACCAGAGCUGAUGCGAACUGGUCGCAGUUUUGAGCGGCAAGGACGUGGUAACGAAAGGAUGCCUGUGCGCCCUCCUCCACUGUUGCCUCCGCCUUCAUAUUCCAGAAGUCAUGUCACGCCCCCUCAUGCCGCAAGAGGGCGUGGCAUGAUUGAAAAUGACAGACGCAUGGAUAGAGGACAAAAUGAUCGCAGAGACCCAAAUCAACGAAUGGAUAGUGGCGAUCGAAAAUAUACUAAUAUACGAGAUAAUAGCAGUGGGGAUCGUCUUGGGCGAUCGAGCAGUCACGAUUCUAGAUCGUCUUCGCGACAUAUUUCGCAAGACAAUAAAAGUAAGUCUCGACAACAAAGCGAUCGCGGUGAUCUCCAGUCCCCUCGAAGUGACAGAAACUCAUCGCUAGAAAGACGCAAAAAGACUUCUUCUGAUAGAAGUGUUGCAAGUUCAAAUAAAGGUGAUAAGAAUACACAAUAUGAUAGACGGAGUCAACGAAGUAUUGAAAGAACUGUCUCUGAUGGCAAAAGUGAGGGGCGGCCAUUAAAUCGCUUUGACAAUGAUCGGUCACGCUCAGUGAAGCGUAAACCGACUGAUGAACCACGACAAUCAAACUUGGAGUCUAAUACGACAACACAGGAACGUAAGAAACAAAAAUCAAUUUCAAAACACCCUUCUCCUGACCCAAAACGAAAAUCCUCAAAAGACACUCGCUCCACUUCGUCGAAAAGAUCGUCAGAAAAUAGAAAGGAGAACUCUCAAACUUCUAGAAAGAGCAAAGAUAAAAAGAAAACAAGUCGUACAAACGAUACGGAGAUAAACAAACUUAUUGAAAAAGAAGAAAUAAUUCCAGAAGUUGAUUGGAACGAGUUACCAACGACUGAAAAAGACAGAGAAGAAAGCUCAUCUGGAACCAGCUCAAUUUUAAGUAAAUUCACACCAGGCAAUUUACUCAAAAAAACUGGAAUUAUUUUAGAAAUGCUGCCGCCACAUUUGGCUGAAAAAGUAAAUAAAAUGAGAACAGAAAACGAUGAAAUUGAACAAAAAGAAUCUCAAUCGAUUGUUGGUGGGAUGUUACGCAAUGGACUGAAUUCGUAUUCUGACGAGAAACUCAGAAAACGCUUGCUCGGCUAUAAUAAUGAUUAUCGUCAUGCAUUGCGUCCACCAUUUAUUAUCAAUGCGAAAACUUAUUCUGCGUCUCUGAAAGAAUAUAUGCGCAAAAGUAGGAUGGUUGAAGCAAUGUAAUUUGUUCAAUAAAAUUGUUUCUUAGAGUCAGCUUUUUUAUAAAUUUUAGUGUGAAUCAAAUUUGGGAUGAAUUUAUUAUUUUAGGCUCAAAUCAAAAUUGAAUUGUGAAACCAAAUUUUGGGAAUUUUUAAAAAUUUUGUGAGAGAUGUGACUGUGACUAAUCUAAAUUUUUUAAACACCUUAUUUUGUCUCUUUUUUUUUUCUUUGAAACAGAUGGAUUUUUGCAAAACAUGGUCAACAUUUUUGGAAGUAACCUUUUCUCAGUUGGAUAAUUCCCACACUUAUACUUUUGUGAAGAAACUUUAUCUUACUGUUAAUGCUAUGAUUGUGUGUGUUAUUUUACAAUGAUCCAAAUACCCUUCUCUCAACUCAAUUAUAAAACAUAUUUACUCUAAACAAGGCUCUGCCUCUGUAUAAGCAGCCACUAAAUAAGGAACUGCUAUUUUGUAAUACCGGAAUAUUUUUGAAUGGGCACGAAGUUUGAACACAGGGUAUUUAUUAACCUGUAAUGUCAAUUCAGUUGAUAGAAAAAACUUUGCUACUUUGCCUGCUAUAAUAAUCCAAAUAGGUAUUGUUAGAAUUGUCUCCUGACAAAUCUAGAAAUGCCAAGUCUUUCAUUUUUAGUAGGUGGUAACUGAUUGAGUUUGUAUUAAGAUAUUUAUUGUUCUUGAGUUUGGAUCUUUUUUUUCAUCCUGGAAUUGGAAUCAAAAUUCUCACAAGCUGGAGCAUAAUUUCUGACCCUGAAACAUGAACUUAACUGCUACGUAGUCCGUAACUUACUGCUAUUUCUGUUUCAACCGUCAAUUUUCAUUGUAUGGUAAUUAUUGUUAAUUUGUUUCAAUAUUAAUGAAAUAAAUUUGUUUUUU